UCACGUGUCGUUCGUGCUUUUGUUUAUGUUUUAUGUUGUGAUUGUGAAUUGAAAGACUUUUUUCCUCCAAGAAUUGUUUGCGGACCGAUUUCGGCCUUCAAGACCUUUCGAGGUCCUGAGACCAGGGCUGAAGACGGGGUUUCGGCUUCAUACGUUCCCAAAAUCGACGAGAAUCUCCCAAAAGGAAGAAAAGCUGCCCCGGAACAAAAUGCCAAAUAUCAGAGAGGCCAACACAUCAUGCAUUUCGACUGGAAAAAAUCCUUUAAAUUGCAUGAACCAUUUUCGGGACCGAACAGAAAUCCUCUUGGAGGCGGCGUUGGGGAAGACGGGGCGAGCGGAUGUCCAUGGUCCACUUUCGGGCAAAGACCAGGGCGCUACAAAUCUUCGACCGACCCUCCAAGGCACAACUGCAGAAAUCAAAGGGAACGUUUUGAAGACAGGAAAACAAACCCCAUCAUCACCCUGCUCAAGACCAGCCAGUGCAUGACCUUCAACAAGAACUGCCAGAGGCCCCGUCGCUUGUCAGACUCGACGCACUGAAAAGAUUCGCUGCUUUCUCUCCGGUCCUGAAAUAGCCCAAGGUAAG